GCGUUUGAAUCUGGAAGCUGACGUCACUAUAGUUUUUCUCCACUCACUAGAAGAAACAAAGUAGCGAGUAAAGCGGUGAGAAUGGAGCGCAGAAAUCGGCAGGACUAACUCAUUUUUUAAACUUUGAAAACUUCAACAAACAAAAAUGGAUACCACCUUUACGCUUCUUAUACUUAUUGUUUCAUGUAAUCUAAGAGUUGUGGCUCAGUUUACCGCAGGAGGCUGUACCUUUGAUGAUGGCCCUGCUCAAUGUGAUUACCAGCAAGAUCUGUAUGAUGACUUCGACUGGACACAUGUCAGUGUGCAGGAAGCUCCAUAUUUAUCAACAGAACUACCACAAGGGUCGUACAUGAUGGUUGACUCCUCACAGCAUGACUCUGGAGAAAAAGCACGUAUUCAGCUUCCAGUGAUGAAAGAAAAUGACACCCACUGUAUUGACUUCAACUACUUAUUGUACACCAAAGAUGGCUCAAGCCCUGGGACAUUAAACAUCUUGGUAAAGGUUAACAAGGGACCUCUUGCUAAUCCUAUCUGGAAUGUGACUAGCUUCACUGGCAGAGACUGGCUUCGAGCAGAGCUGGCUGUUAGUACCUUCUGGCCCAAUGAAUAUCAGGUUAUAUUUGAAGCUGAAGUCUCAGAAGGGAAGAUGGGUUACAUUGCAAUUGAUGACAUCCAGGUUUUGAGCUAUCCAUGUGAUAAGUCUCCUCACUUUCUGCGACUUGGUGAUGUGGAAGUCAAUGCUGGACAGAAUGCUACUUUUCAGUGUAUCGCUACUGGGAGGGAUGCAGUGAAUAAUAAACUAUGGCUGCAGAAACGGCAUGGGGAAGACAUUCCAGUGGCACAGACAAAGAACAUAAACCACAGGAGGUUUGCAGCAUCAUUUCGAUUACGGGAAGUGACAAAUCUGGACCAAGACCUGUAUCGCUGUGUGACUCAGUCUGACAGAGGCUCGGGAGUAUCUAAUUUUGCUGAACUGAUUGUUCGAGAACCUCCUCGACCCAUAGCCCCUCCUCAGCUGCUUGGUGUCGGACCUACAUACCUUCUUAUCCAGUUGAAUGCUAACUCUAUUUUUGGAGAUGGGCCUAUUAUAUUGAAAGAAGUGGAGUACCGAAUGACGUCAGGGUCUUGGAUUGAAACCCAUGCUGUGAAUGCCCCCAACUACAAACUGUGGCACUUGGACCCGGACACAGAGUAUGAGAUUAGAGUUCUGCUGACCAGACCUGGGGAAGGAGGUACUGGUCAGUCAGGCCCCCCCCUCAUCACGAGGACAAAAUGUGCAGAACCAAUGAGGACACCCAAAAGUUUGAAAAUUGCAGAGACACAGGCCAGAUUUAUUGCAGUGGACUGGGAGUCUUUGGGCUACAACAUAACACGCUGCCACACAUUCAAUGUCACCAUUUGCUACCACUACUUCCAUAGUAAUAAUGAGAGUAAGGCUGACUGUCUGGAUAUGGACCCCAAGGCACCCCGGCAUGUUGUUGGAAAUCUACCACCAUAUACGAAUGUGAGCCUCAAGAUGAUCCUUACCAACCCUGAAGGAAGAAAGGAGAGUGAUGAGGUGGUUAUCCAGACAGAUGAAGAUGUGCCGAACCCUGUUCCCAGUGAGUCAAUGAAAGCCAUGCCAUUUGAAGAUAAAAUCUUCCUCCACUGGAAGGAGCCUUUGGAGCCCAAUGGAGUCAUCACUCAGUAUGAGAUCAGUUAUAGCAGCAUUAGGUCAUUUGAUCCUGCAGUCGAUGUGGCAAAACGUCCACUGACAGUUGCAUUGAAAUGGAACAGCACACACCAUGUAUUCUCACAGCUGCAUCCAGGUACCACCUACCAAUUCAUUAUCAGGGCCAGCACAGUGAAAGGGUUUGGUCCACCAACUGUUGUGAAUGUCACCACCAACAUAUCAGCUCCUUCAAUACCAGAUUAUGAUAUGACUGAAACUUGUCUCAAUGAGACCGCUACCACUAUUACUGUACUGCUGAAACCUGCCACGGCCAAAGGUGCUCCCAUCAGUGCCUACCAGAUUGUUGUUGAAGAACUGAACCCUCACAGAAAUAAGAGAGAGGCAAGUUCACUGGAAUGCUACCAAGUACCGGUCACCUACCAGAGUGCAGCCAGUGGGGGUUCUCCAUAUUAUUUUGCCGCUGAGCUGCCACCCGGAAGCCUGCCUGACCCAGCUCCAUUCACAGUGGGAGACAACAAAACAUACAAUGGGUUUUGGAAUCCCCCUUUGGCCCCGAGGAAAAACUAUAAUAUCUACUUUCAGGCUGUGAGCAGUGUGGAAAAGGAAACAAAAACUCAGUGUGUGAGGGUUGCAACAAAAGCAGCAGCUACAGAGGAGCCAGAGGUGAUACCAGAUCCAGCCAAGCAAACGGAAGUGGUGAAGAUUGCUGGCAUAAGCGCUGGAGUUCUCGUUUUCAUCCUGCUCCUCCUGGUUGUCAUAUUAGUUAUCAAGAAGAGGAGGAGCUACUAUUCUUAUUCAUAUUACCUAAAACUUGCCAAGAAGCGGAAGGAUGUCAUUGGAACCACCCGUCAGGAGAUGACUCACAUGGUCAAUGCAAUGGACAGGAGCUAUGCUGAUCAGAGCACUCUGCAUGCAGAGGAUCCCCUGGCUGUCACCUUCAUGGACUCACACAACUUCAGCAAUAGGUAUGAGAACCACACAGCAGCAGCAGCAGCAGCAGAGUCGAGCAGACUGCUGGAUGUGCCACGCUAUCACUGCGAAGGGACCGAGUCCCCCUAUCAGACCGGACAGCUGCAUCCUGCUAUCAGGGUGGCAGAUUUGCUGCAGCACAUUAAUUUGAUGAAGACUUCUGACAGCUAUGGAUUCAAAGAGGAAUACGAGAGUUUCUUUGAAGGCCAGUCUGCUUCGUGGGAUGUAGCAAAGAAGGAACAAAACCGAACAAAGAAUCGCUAUGGAAACAUAAUUGCAUGUAAGUCUUUAUAUGACCAUUCCAGAGUUAUUUUACAACCUAUGGAAGAUGACCCCUCUUCUGAUUACAUUAAUGCCAAUUACAUAGAUAUAUGGCUGUACAGGGAUGGAUAUCAAAGGCCAAGCCAUUACAUCGCUACGCAAGGUCCAGUUCACGAAACGGUGUAUGAUUUUUGGAGGAUGAUCUGGCAGGAGCAAUCUGCAUGUGUUGUGAUGGUUACUAAUCUGGUUGAAGUUGGACGUGUAAAAUGCUACAAGUACUGGCCAGAUGAUGCGGAUGUUUAUGGAGACUUCAAAGUGACAUUCCUGGAAGUUGAGCCACUUGCAGAAUAUGUUGUCCGAACAUUCACAUUAGAAAGGAGAGGCUUCAAUGAAAUGCGUGAAGUGAAGCAGUUUAAUUUCACUGGCUGGCCUGACCAUGGUGUACCUUACCAUGCAACUGGCCUGCUGUCAUUCAUACGACGUGUCAAAAUGUCAAACCCACCCAGCGCAGGUCCCAUUGUUGUUCAUUGCAGUGCUGGAGCUGGAAGAACUGGCUGCUACAUUGUAAUAGACAUCAUGCUGGACAUGGCGGAAAGAGAGGGAGUUGUGGAUAUUUACAACUGUGUGAAAGCCCUGCGUUCCCGACGAAUUAAUAUGGUUCAGACAGAGGAACAGUACAUUUUUAUUCAUGAUGCAAUUCUGGAAGCGUGCUUGUGUGGAGAGACGACAAUACCUGCUUGUGAAUUCAAAGCUACCUACUAUGAUAUGAUCAGAAUAGACUCGCAAAGCAACUCUUCUCACCUCAAAGAUGAAUUCCAGACACUGAAUUCUGUCACUCCACAACCCCAGCCAGAGGACUGCAGCAUUGCUCUGCUUCCCAGGAAUCAUGAGAAGAACCGUUUCAUGGACAUGCUGCCUCCAGACAGAUGUUUACCUUUUCUUAUCACUAUAGAUGGAGAAAGUAGUAACUACAUCAGUGCUGCCCUUAUGGAUCCAUCAGAAGAAUACCAGAGCUAUAGACAACCUGCUGCCUUUAUCGUCACACAACAUCCUUUGCCCAACACUGUAAAGGACUUCUGGAGAUUGGUGUAUGACUAUGGCUGCACUUCAUUGGUGAUGCUAAAUGAGAUAGACCUUGCGCAGGGCUGUCCGCAGUAUUGGCCAGAAGAAGGAAUCCUCAGAUAUGGGCCUAUCCAAGUUGAAUGUAUGUCUUGUUCCAUGGAUUGUGACGUGAUAAGCCGGCUUUUCAGAAUAUGCAAUCUUACCAGACCACAGGAGGGUUACUUGAUGGUACGGCAGUUUCAGUACCUUGGAUGGGCAUCUCACCGUGAAGUACCAGCAUCCAAGAGAUCUUUCCUGAAAUUAAUUCUUCAGGUUGAUAAAUGGCAAGAUGAAUGUGAAGAAGGAGAAGGACGAACAAUUAUUCACUGCCUAAAUGGAGGAGGACGCAGUGGAAUGUUCUGUGCCAUCAGCAUUGUGUGUGAAAUGAUUAAGCGGCAGAAUGUGGUUGAUGUUUUCCAUGCAGUGAAAAGUCUUCGUAACAGCAAGUCUAACAUGGUGGAAAGCCCAGAACAAUACCGCUUUUGCUACGACCUGGCCCUUGAGUAUUUAGAGUCGUCUUAACUGGAUCAAACAUACUACAUCUGGCAUUUUAACUUGGCAACAUUCCAGAUUUAUAGCAGAGCAACAGAUGAAGAAAUUAAAGCAGACUGUCUUCAGGACAGACAUUUGAUUUUAAAUAUCACAUUAUCUUUCUUAAUAUGCUGGGAAUGUUAAAUAUAAUGAUGUAAUCCAUUUGUAAAUGUGUUUACAUUUGUAUCAAGCAGUGUUUGGUGCCACGAUUAAGACCCGAUGGUGGGUCAGAUUUGCUUUACUAUUGUUUUACAUGUUUUUUAUGUGCAGCCAUUGUAAAGGAUAACACUAAAGCAAACGUGUUGCAUGCAUGCAAAAAAAAAAAAAGUUUUCUAUGUUAAUGCUUUUUUUAUAACCAAUAUCAGUUUAUCGGAAAUGUGGUCUUGGAUGAGUGCACUCUUUAUAUGAAAGUGCUGCAAUGUAACAUUGGCUUAGUAGCAUGUGUAAUGUGCAAUGAUGGCUGGUUCACAUUCUUUAUUCAUAGAGGAUCUAAAUCAUAAGCCAAAGACUUGUGUAAAUAUGUCUAUGGAUCAAGCAAAUUGUUUGUAUUUAUUGUUUACUGCAUUCCUUUUGAAGGCUGAAGAAACAAUCAUUUUCUGUUUGUUUUUUUAUUUUCUUUGUUUUGUUUUUUAUUUUCUUUGCUGGAAUUUAAAAUGUUAACAUUUUUACGUAGUUUAUUUUUUGUAUGUAUUAGUGGAAGUAGUAUACAUUUUCUUAGGCCUCUACACAUUUUGUUAUAGUGAUUUAUUUUGUGCAAAUGCUUGUCAGAUGUAUCCAUGCAGAUAAGAUUUCAAAAGGUCUAAAAAAAAAAAAGAAUCAAACAAGUUACAUAUUUUUUCUUAAAAUGUUUUCACACAUGUUUUCAUACUUUGAGCAGUAAGAGAACACAUAUGCACAGUAUUAGCAACAGCUUGCAGGGUUUUACCAUUUUAAGGGAACACAUUGAACAGUUGAGCAAGCUUUAAACAUCUCAAUCAAUCAAUCAUGUUUAUUUUGAUGUCAGUUAAUGUUGGCUUUUGGCUGUAACAAAGCAAACUUUGAAAUUAAAAUAUCAUUUUGAAAUCCAA